CAGUGGAAGCAGACCCCUUGCCUGCCAGCUCCCCAGCACGCUGCCCAUCCCUCCUGCUCACGCCAGCGAGUCAACCCCCAUGAAACCAUCAAAGGCAUCCCAGCGUUAUAGAAGCAUCGGAAGAAAUGCCAGCCAGCACUACUUCUACCAAGAGUCGCUGCUGCUCAGCAACUUGGAUGACAGCUUUACUGCUGAUGAAACAGGGGACAGCAGCGAUCCAGAACAAAUCUUCCAGAAUAUACAGUUCCAGAAAGAUCUCAUGGCCAACAUUCGCUGCCGACCCUGGACCAUGGGACAGAAGCUGCGGGCACUGAGACGAGCGAAGGACAUUGUGCUGAAGUUUGAAGGGAGGCUGACCCGGACCCGAGGCUACCAAGCAGCAGGUGCAGAGCUCUGGCGGAAAUUUGCACGUCUGGCCUGUAACUUUGUGGUCAUCUUCAUCCCCUGGGAAAUGAGGAUAAAGAAAAUUGAGAGUCAUUUCGGAUCGGGUGUUGCCUCUUACUUCAUAUUCUUGAGAUGGUUAUUUGGAAUCAACAUUGUGCUCACGAUUAUGACAGGUGCAUUUAUUGUCAUUCCAGAGCUCAUUGCAGGUCAACCCUUUGGAAGCACGGCCAGCAAGACCAUCCCCAAGGAGCAUGUUGCCUCUGCCCAAGACCUGGACACCGUCUGGUCCCUGGGGGGCUACCUCCAGUACUCAGUCCUCUUCUACGGCUACUAUGGCAGGGAAAGAAGGAUCGGGAGAGCUGGCUACCGGCUGCCCUUGGCGUAUUUCCUGGUGGGGAUGGCAGUGUUUGCUUACAGCUUCAUCAUUCUCUUAAAAAAGAUGGCUAAGAACUCCCGCACGAGCCUCGCCAGUGCUUCCAAUGAAAACUACACCUUCUGCUGGCGGGUGUUUUGCGCUUGGGAUUAUCUCAUUGGGAACCCGGAGGCGGCAGAAAGCAAAACGGCUGCCAUCGUGAACAGCAUCAGGGAGGCUAUACUGGAAGAACAGGAAAAGAAGAAGAGCAAAAACCUGGCAGUGACCAUCUGCCUCAGGGUCAUUGCCAACAUCCUGGUGCUUCUCUCGCUGGCCGGGAGCAUCUAUCUCAUCUACUUUGUGGUGGACCGGUCUCAGAAGCUGGAGCAGUCCAAGAAGGAGCUGACACUCUGGGAAAAGAACGAGGUGAGCGUGGUGGUCUCCCUCGUCACCAUGUUGGCACCAUCAGCCUUUGACCUCAUCGCCGCCUUGGAGAUGUACCACCCACGGACCACACUGCGCUUCCAGCUAGCAAGGGUCCUUGUGCUGUAUCUGGGGAACCUCUACAGUCUGAUCAUCGCCCUCCUGGACAAAGUGAACAGCAUGAGCAUUGAGGAAGCUGCUCCCUUGAAUAGCACGAGGAUAGAUCCUACCAUCUUCUUUGCCACCAGGGCAGCCCCUGAAGAGAAAUGGUCCACGCCUGGGCCUAGGAUAGGGCUCAGGAGAAACAGCACGUGGGCCCCAGGAGAGGCCAGUGUUCCAACUUACCCCUCGCCUCUGCCAGAGGCCAACAAGACGGCUGUCUCUACCCAGAGUCCACAGGACCAGUGCUGGGAGACAUACGUUGGGCAGGAGAUGCUGAAGCUUUCCAUCAUUGACAUGCUCUUCACCGUGGCCAGCAUUCUGCUCAUCGACUUCUUCCGAGGACUUUUUGUUCGGUACUUAAGUGACUACUGGUGUUGGGACCUGGAAAGCAAGUUUCCUGAAUAUGGGGAAUUCAAAAUAGCAGAGAAUGUGUUACAUUUAGUCUACAAUCAAGGAAUGAUUUGGAUGGGGGCCUUCUUCUCCCCAUGCCUUCCUGCCUUCAACGUCCUCAAGCUGAUUGGCCUCAUGUACCUGCGCAGCUGGGCUGUGCUGACCUGCAACGUGCCCCACCAGCAAGUCUUUCGAGCCUCCAGAUCCAACAACUUCUACUUAGCAAUGCUCUUGUUUAUGCUCUUCCUCUGCAUGCUGCCAACCAUUUUUGCCAUUGUCCGGUACAAGCCAUCUCUAAAUUGCGGGCCCUUCAGCGGGCAAGAGAAAAUUUACGACAUCGUGUCAGAGACGAUUGAGAAGGACUUUCCCGCGUGGUUUGGCUCUGUGGUUGGCUAUGUCAGUAGCCCUGUGGUUAUCCUGCCAGCUGUGCUGCUUCUUUUCAUGCUCAUCUAUUACCUUCAGAGCAUCGCAAGAUCCUUAAAGCUCAGCAAUCACCAGCUCAGAAUGCAGAUCCAAAAUGCAAGAUCUGAAGAUAAGAAAAAGGUUGCUCAAAUGGUAGAAGCCCGCAUCCAAACCCAAGACGAGAGCACCAAGAGGCUUCCAAAGGACAGCGACCUGGGCAGCCAGCUGUCUUCAGCUCACUCGGCGACACCCCAGAACAAUGGCAAUGUGGUCAAUGUUGACUCCUUAAGCAGCAAGAGUGGCAGAAUAGAGACCAUCCGCCAACCCACGCCCCAGAGUCCCCAGCCAGGGCCUGGCAGUCCCAGCUCACCUCUUCGUGGCAUCUCCAGAUCCAGGCACCACACCACCAGGUAUCCACGUGGCCCCUGUGCAAGCACAGGUGACCUUCACAGGAGCAGAUCCUGCACCCCUGGGAUGUUUGCAAAGCACAUCGAAGACGUGCACUUGGAGCCUCUUUUCCGAAAAGACUUUGAGCAAAUCGACCACAGAUCAGCGGUCUCGGCCUUGGGGCCACAGGGUCGCCGGUCCCAUGGCCCCAGAUACUAUGUUGUUAAUGAACAUGACUCUCACCAAAAAAACCAUUCGACUUUCCAGCCAGAAAGACAUUUCGAGAUAGAUACCUUUGGGGACAUAGUGGAGAGGUACCCCAGGAACAUGCGACAGUGUGUGCCCGGGGCCUCCCAUCAGGCUUGCUCUCCACAACGAAGUGAAGAAGAGGACGAGAUGCUGAGGAGAGAGGUGAUCCAACGGGCUUUCCACCCACGCUCCCUGACCGACCUCCACGGGGCUCCUCAUUUUUACGUCGCAGAAAGUUUAGAAAGUCACGCCCUGACUCCUGAGCCCCAGAGAUGCUGGAGCCGUUACACGUCUUGGGAUGAUGGUUUUGAAGGUCAACUUGACAGGCCGAUGUAUGUGCUCAAAAAGCCACGCUCCCGGAAUUUCCAGUACCCACAGCACCCAGGGAAGCCCAGGGGGAAGCCCAGGUUCGAGCCAUCCGCCACAGAGUCGGAUUCCAUGUCGGCGGCGUCCAGUAGCGACCAGCAGAACAGCAGCGCUGACCAGUACCUCCAGGUCUCCCGCAGCCAAGGCAAGCUCCUGAGGUCUGCGGGGCAACGUGGCAGGAGGAAGGCCAUAUCAAGGCAAGAGGUGAUGGAAGAUCUGAAUGAUCUGAUUUGUUCAAACGUCUAG